CAACAAGUUUGCUUUGGCCGGUGAAAGAGCGUUCCCGAGAUCUCGGAGAGUCGGCGAGUCUCGAAGGCGAAGCCUCCGCGAAACCUCCGCGCGAGGAGGUGGAUGAGAUCCACCGCGACAAACGCGGUUUUUCAUCCUGUGCGAGAACGUCACCGUCUUUCGGUUCUCGGCCGGGAGUACAAUCGGGCGAUCCCUAUCGGACGAGGAUUUGGUUUCGUAACCAGCGAUACGACAACCACGGGAUCAUAUUCUGGCGGUGAUUUCGAGACUCCGCCCGUCAACGGAACGAACGUACGAGCGAGGAGACGUGAAAGAAGGCUGACGCAGGAAACCUCACAAAUCUCAGCAAGUGGAUGGAGCAACAAAUUUAAGAGGAAACGAGCUCGAAUAGGCGCUAUCAUGAGCUGUAAGGAACGUGCGCGGACUACCCUUCCGCAAAGACGACUUCGCUAUCGUUGAUCUCGUGUGAGCCGCUACGGGUGCGGCGUAAUUUCGAUUAUAGGGUGGACAGAGGAACGAAACGGGUCUGGAGUGGCUUGGCGUUUUGAACGAAGGUGUCACACCGGGGAAGACGAAGGACUUUGAUUAUUAUCUUCCGCUACCACUUUGUGUAUACGUGGUAUACUCUCCCCCUUCUCCACUUGCUAAUUAAAAAGGUUCUGUAGUGCUCCAGUUAAUAAUUUUAUCCUCUUUUGGUAGUGAGCUCAGUGUGAUACAAAGUCAAAUGAUGUACAUGUGAUCCAAAAUGAUGGUAAUUUGAUACAUAUAUACAUAUAUAUAUGUGUGUGUGUGUAUGUGUGUGUAUGUGUGCUGUGCUGCUCAAGAGUGCGUGAGAUGACAAGGGUAAAGUGAGAAAAAAAUAAAAAAAGAUUCGUAAAGAAAUGCAAUUCCGAAGUGAUAAAUCUGUAUCUAUGUAAAGACGUGUGCCAGUGUGUCCGCACAGGAAGAGUACAAAACAAAAUAAAUUUACGAAGAUAAAGGGAUAGAGAGAAGAAUAAUAGAUCAAUUGAAGAUAACCAAAGGAAAGUCAGCAACGUAGAGAAGUGACAUAAGCAGGUAGGACAGGUGGGACAGUAGCAUGAGUUCGUACUUUGCGAAUUCGUAUAUCCCGGACCUGCGAAAUGGCGGGGUGGAACACCCGCAUCAGCAUCAGCAGCACUAUGGUGCGGCCGUACAGGUACCUCAGCAAACACAAUCGGUCCAGCAACAGUCUCAGCAAGCCGGCGAUCCCUGCGAUCCGAGUUUGUUACGUCAAGGAGUAUCCGCCCAUCAUUAUGGAACCACGGGAGGUCAGCAAGAUAUGCCUUAUCCCAGGUUUCCCCCGUACAACCGGAUCGACAUGCGGAACGCGGCCUACUAUCAGCAUCAACAGGAACACGGAAGUAUGGACGGCAUGGCCAGUUACAGGUCGACAUCUCCGAACACCAGUAUGGGUCACAUGGGACACACAUCAACCCCUAACGGACAUCCGUCCACUCCCAUCGUCUAUGCCAGUUGCAAACUUCAAGCGGCUGCUGUCGAUCAUCAAGGCAGCGUUCUCGACGGACCGGAUAGCCCGCCUCUCGUCGAAUCGCAGAUGCACCACCAAAUGCACAGCCAACACCCUCAUAUGCAGACGCAGCAAUCGCAGCAUCCGCAGCAACAAUCGCAGCAUCAGCAUCUGCAGACACAGCAACAACAUAUGAUGUACCAGCAACAACAAUCUCAAACUACAUCGCAACAGGGACAAAGUGGAAUGCACCCGCAACAGCAACAGCAAACUCAGCAGCAUCAAAGCGUUGUUGCAUCAUCGCUCAGUCAACAACAGCAAGGCGCGGCUCAAAGUUCGGCGAGUGCGAACUUACCAAGCCCGUUGUAUCCUUGGAUGAGGAGUCAAUUUGAAAGGAAACGGGGUCGGCAGACCUAUACACGAUACCAAACGUUAGAACUGGAGAAAGAGUUUCACUUCAAUCGAUAUCUUACUAGGCGGCGACGCAUCGAGAUCGCACACGCGCUAUGUCUGACGGAACGGCAGAUAAAGAUCUGGUUUCAAAACAGACGGAUGAAGUGGAAGAAAGAGAAUAAGACGAAAGGCGAGCCGGGCUCAGGCGAUGGCGACACUGAAAUCUCGCCGCAGACGUCGCCGCAGGGUUAAAAGAGCUCCGAGGGGAGUGGAACUUCCUUUCCACCUCUCUCAGGAUCGUUAAUACCUUGUUUCCAGCACUACCUCCUCCCUACCCAAACUCCAAUCCCUCAUCGAUGACCUCCAAAUGAUCCCUCUAAGCAAUGACGCUUAUUUUGUCGUGUUAAUCAUGUUGCUUGUACCAAAAACGAAGCAGAUAAUGAUGAAGACGAGGAAGUUGUAGAAGGACCCGUAAGAGCGCUUGAAGACGAUAAGAAGGGAACUUACGAUAAACCCAGAGACGUUAAGUUACGAGAAUGCAA